AUCCAGACGCAGAUCCACACAGGACGGCAGAGGGAAACUAUGGAUCCUUUCAACCAAUUCAAGCGCGAAGUCACGGACUUCCCCAGCCUGGGAGUCGACGAGGACCGGGAAGAGCUGCGUGAAAGCAAGCAAGUGACGAUGUCGCUUACCAGAAACGGAGAGGCGGAGAAAGCCAGGGCCGAGUUCGCACCUGAGCAGCAGGCGGCAGGCAUACGAAUCAAGGAGGAAGAAGAUAGCGGCGACGACGGUGCUGGUUAUGGCCACAGCAAUGGCAGAGAAGGGGCCGGCAACGUGGGCGCUGGAUAUCCGUGGCCCCCGGGCUGCGAAACCCGCGAUGUGGGCUGCGGCCGCAGCCCACGGCAGUUGGAGCCAGUGGAGCCGAAGCAGGAGGAGCAGUUGCCCCCCGCCGCGGCUCCGGCUCCCGCUCCAGGAGGGAGGCAGCCGGCGGGCCCCCGCUUCGUGUUCACCCCGCUGCAGGUGCGCCAUAUGGAGAACUUGUUCAACUACACCCAGUAUCCCAGCACCACCGUGCGCCAGGAACUUUCGAGAUUCAUGAAUGUGCCUGUAGCCAGAGUGCAGGUUUGGUUUAAGAAUAGGAGGGCCAAGUUGAGAAGACAGCAGAGGGCACUGAGGUACAGAAACAUGCCCCCCAUGGCCAUGGUCCCCCCUUUCAACUUUAACGUGGGUGGACCAUACCGUGGCAUCUUCAAUCGGGGGCCAGAUUGUAUGUGGAUGCCUCAGGAGCCAAUGAUGCCGCCUGGGCCACCUCGCCCGCCCAUGCCACCCUUUCCUCCUAUGUUCCUGCCUCCUCCUCCCUGGUUGCAUCCACCUUUCCCUCCCUGUGGCUGCCCUCCACUGUUUCGUCACUGUGGCUGCCCUCCACCUUUCCCUCGCUAUGGCUGUCCUCCUAUGGCCCAUCCUGGUGCGGUACCACCCGUGGUUCUUCCUUAA